AUGAAAAGAAGAGAGCGUAGUUGGAUGUAUGAUAGACUCGACGGGCGCAAUCUUAAGCCCGACUUUCUCAAGGGGGUUGGAGAGUUCAUUGAGUUUUGCAAAGAGCAUCCAACAUGCAAUGAUGGUGACAAAAUAAGAUGCCCAUGCCCCUUGUGUGAUAACAGGCGUUUUCAUGAUACUGAAACAGUUAGAGUACAUUUGUACAAGAAGGGGUUUGUUCGUAAUUACUAUCAAUGGAUAUGUCAAGGGGAAAGCUUAGUAGAGUCCUCGCGUGUUCAGCCAAAUCAAUAUCGGGAUAUGGUUAUUGAUGCUCUUGGAAAUAAUCAAGAGCAUUUGGUGAAUGAAGAGGGUAAUUCAGUUGAAGAAGAACCAAAUGAUGAAGCUAAGAAGUUUAUAGACCUUCUAAAGGCAGCUGGAGAUCCAUUAUAUGAAGGGAGCAAACUCUCUGUGUUGGAGAUGGCAUCAAGAAUUGCAAGUUUGAAAUGUGAAUUCAACUUACAACACAGGUGUGUGGAUGGGUUUGCAUCUUUGAUGAAUGAUGCGAUUCCAAAUAACAACCAAAUGGGUAGAACUUUCAAUAGCACAAAGAAGGUUCUUGAGGGCUUGGAACUUCCUCAUGAGAGGAUCCACACAUGCCCUAAAGGUUGUUUGCUCUUCUGGAAAGGCGAUGCACAAUUAGAUAAAUGUAGAGUAUGCGGAAGUGAUCGGUAUAAGAAGACUGCAAAGGGUAAGCUUAUUCCAGCAAAAGUUCUAAUCUAUUUUCCAAUCACACCGAGGUUGCAAAGGUUGUAUGCUACCAAGAACAUUUCGGAGGAUAUGACUUGGCAUGCCAAGAAUCCCCGAGUUCAAAACACCUUCGCACAUCCUAGUGAUAGUCAAGCGUGGAAGCACUUGGAUACAACCUUUCCUAAUUUCGCAUCAGAGCCACGAAAUGUCAGGCUUGGUUUGUGCACAGAUGGAUUUGCCCCCCAUGGUAAAUUUGGAUCCCAAUAUUCAUGUUGGCCGGUUAUUCUUACACCAUACAACUUGCCUCCAUCGAUGUGUAUGAAAAGACCAUUCAUGUUCCUUUCUUUGCUCGUUCCCGGUCCUAAAAAUCCUAAAGGAAACUUGGAUGUGUACAUGCAACCACUCAUUGAAGAGUUGAAACAGUUAUGGGAGGUUGGGGCUAUGACUUAUGACAUCUCAAGCAAGCAGAAUUUCAACCUCCGCGCAGCCCUUUUGUGGACUAUUAGUGAUUUUCCUGCAUAUGGAAUGCUAUCUGGAUGGUCCACGGCCGGAAAGAAGGCUUGCCCUUAUUGUAUGGAUAAAAGCAAGGCAUUUUGGCUUGAACAUGGAGGUAAAGUUUCAUGGUUUGAUUGUCAUCGACAAUUCCUUCCACAUGAUCACCCUUUUCGAAAGAAUAAAACAGCUUUCUGCAAAAACAAAGUUGAAAAUGGCAUGGGUCCGCAUAUAAUGUGUGGAGAAGAAUUGUGGCAAUGCGUGAAGGACUUGCCUAAAGCAACUGAUGGUCCUGAAGCUCUUAAGAAGUUGAAGAGUGCCAAAAUGGGUUGGUUCAAACAAAGUAUUCUAUGGGAACUCCCAUAUUGGAAGGAUUUGCUUCUUCGUCACAACUUGGAUGUCAUGCACAUUGAAAAGAACUUUUUUGACCAACUCAUAAACACUGUGAUGGAUGUGAAAGGUAGCACCUCGGACACCACUAGUGCAAGGAAAGAUAUGGCUAAGUAUUGUAAACGUCGGCAGUUAGAGCUUGGAAAUGGAAAUCAAACCAUGCCAAAAGCACCCUUUGCACUUGACAAGGCUCAAAAGAAGGUGUUAUGUGAAUGGGUUCGAGACUUGAAAUUCCCGGAUGCUUAUGCUUCAAACUUGAGCAGGUGUGUUAAUCUUCAAUCAUGCAAGCUGUAUGGAAUGAAGAGCCACGAUUGUCAUGUCUUCAUGGAGAGGUUACUUCCGGUUGCUUUGAAGGAGUUGCUUCCCUUGCAUGUUUGGAAGGCAAUUACAGAGAUUAGUCAAUUCUUCCGAGACUUAUGCGCCCCCACUAUCAAAGCGAGUGACAUAGAUCGCUUGGAUAAGAAUAUAGCUGAGAUCUUGUGCAAGCUAGAGAAGAUUUUUCCACCUGCAUUUUUCAACUCAAUGGAACACUUGCCAGUUCAUCUUCCACAUGAGGCAAAGGUUGGUGGUCCCGUCCAGUACAGGUGGAUGUACCCAUUUGAAAGGUUUCUUAACCAUUUGAAGCGUAAGGUUGGAAAUAAGGCACGUGUAGAAGGCUCCAUAUGCAAUGCUUACCUAAUGGAGGAGAUUACGAACUUUUGUUCCCACUAUUUUCAACCUGAGGUUGACACCAAAGCAAGGGAUCUAGGAAGAAAUGUCCAUUCGGUUGUUGAGAACCAACAUGACGUUAAUAUCCCCGAGAUGUUCAGGGUGGAUUGUGGUCGUGCACCUACUAAUGGCCGUUUGCGCUUCUUGCAAGACAUGGAGUAUGAUCGAGCACAUCUUUAUGUGCUUGCAAACAGUGGCAUCUUAGGUGAAUAUGAAAGGAAAACUAUGAAAAAAAUGUUGCUGAAUGUGUUGAAAAAGGCAUUGCUAAAGAUCCCAACCAAAUCUACUUUGAGACAGUAGGUGGGAGAAAGAAGGGAAAGGUCCCCGGGCUGGGUAGUGGAGCCUCUCUAUACUUUGCACCAUCUAGAAGGGGUGGUAGUUCUUCUAGCUCAUACACCCCAUCUAUUUAUUCUCAAAUGUCAUCUCGAUUGGAAGAGACUCAACAACAGUUGACCCAAAAAUCCAUUGAGCUUGAAACAACAAAAAAUCAGAUGUUAAAGGCUAUGGAGGACGAUCUACUUUUGAGGCAAAGGGAGAGAGAAGAAAGAGAAGCAGAGCGACUACAGCACCAAAGGGAGAUGGAAAGGGAGAGACAAGAGAGAGAAAGGGAGAGACAAGAAAGAGAAGAACAUGCCGCCCAGAUGAAAAAGGCAAUGGAGUCUUACGAGCGGAUGUUCAGUCAGUGUACUGGUUUUCCUUUCUCGCAGUCGCAGGACCCUCGAGAUCCACCCGGAGGCGGGACACCUUUGUGUUAGGUAGUUAGUAUUCUUGUAUUAGUUUGAACUAGUUACAACUUUUCGUAUUAACAUGUUUGAACAACAUUAUGUGUAUUAUGAAUCUUUGUUGUAUGACUUUGAACAUGUUUAAUAUUAUAACAUCGAGCAGGUUUCAUACGA